GUUCGUGCAUGCUGGAUUUUAACUAUACUAGUUUGACUUUUUAAAAUACUUUAAAUAUUCACCCGCAUAACCCCUCUCUGUUUAUUUUUAACACAGUAUAUUACCUAAAAUUAUUCAAGAUAUUUCAACAAUUCCGCUGUUGGGCACAAGGUGUCCCCUUCUUCGUUAUUUUCAGUGUGUUUGGAGGUUUCAAGUUUCCAAAUCACACGUGACUUCCACACUAGUUAUGUCACAAAAUUCCUGCUACUUCCCUGCACCUCUUGAAGAUGAGCACGGAGAAACCUUCCUCCUCCAGCAGAUGACCGUGAAAACAGCCUGAGUGCACAUAGUUUACCACAGUGAGGCUCAAGCAUCCAAGUAUAUACAUUUAUCAUUUAAUACUAGCAGCUUCAAUGUGUAAGGGGCUCUCCUACCUGCCUUCCUCAUGUCUGGAGAAGGCAAAAGAGAUGCGGGUGAAGCUAAGCCACCUGGCUGAGACCCAUCACAAGAACAAGACUCAGGAUGGAAGAAUUCUGCAAGACUUGGAAACUCUGCUAAACAGCAAAAGUGGUUUGCAGGCCUUUCGGGCGUUCCUACGCUCCGAGUUCAGUGAGGAGAACCUUCAGUUCUGGCUGGCUUGCGAGGACUACAGGGUUUCCCCUUCAAACCUGCAGAAGACCAAGGCCUGCAGUAUCUACAACCAGUUUAUCAACCCUGACGCCCCACUGGAGGUAAACCUGGAUGCUGAGACCCGGGAGGCUCUGCUGAGUGUGAUGGACUCUCCAUGUCCCAACACAUUCAACAAAGCACAGCAGAGGAUCUACAGUCUGAUGGCCAAGGACUCCUUCCCUCGUUUCCUGCGCUCACAUCACUGCAUGGAGGCCGUUAAGGCUUUUUAAACAUGCUCGGAUUAGUACUAGAGACCUGCUUUAGAAAUAAGUGCUGGUGAAUCUGUACUGCUUCAAUUGUUGAUUGUAUUUUAGCAAUUAAUCUAACAUAUGUGAUCAUGUUAACCAUAAGGUAGUGCUGUCCUUAUAUGCACAGUAUACUAUCAGUAAGCUUUAACGUUGUAACCUCAUAAUUAUCAAACUUAAAUGUAGAUGUUGCACCUCUGCAUGGCUACAAAUUAAAUCCAGCAAAAGGAUUUAAAUAAAUACCUCAUAACAGAGAACUCUUGUACCUUCUCUGCGGUCUUUCUCAGCAUCCUUUGUCCAUCCCUCCUCUGCACACGUCCAAACCAUUUCAGUCUUGCCUGUCUAAUUUUGUCUCCAAUCACUACAACACAUGUGCUUACGUUAGAAAAGCACCAGUAAACUUGCAACCAUGCCUGAGCAUGCAGCUAUUGUCAGCAUGGCUGGAGUCUGACUGGGCGAGAGGCAUUUAAAAAUGAUUUUGCUGCUUUGACCUGUUUACAUUUUCACUGUGAUCUGGAAAAGGCUGUGGGGACCUGCCAAUCAUAUUUAAAGUUGUCAGUGUGAACAUGAGCAGGACAGAUUCUUCUGUCCUUGUAAAAUUCUUAUACUCCUUACAAAGCAUGGAUCAAGUACCGUCAAAGGAAAGAAAAAAAGUGACACCCAAAAAAUGUUCGUAUUAUUAAAAAAAAUAUAUAUGUGGUGAUAGUUUCAUAGUUAUUGACAGUGUGUAAACAUUCUCACAACAGAUUAGAGAGAGUGAACUGAUCAUCUUUAGUUUUAUAAAACAAGCUGACAAAACAAUCUAUCAACACAAAUCAAGCCCAUUUAUACAUUUUACAAUACAAUUUUCUGUACAGUGAUAACUACAGAAUAAUCUGACAGAAUACCAAAAAUCUGUCUCCUCUGUCUAUUCUGAUUUUAUCUUUGCAGGAAAAGAUAAAAUCCUGUGAUAGCUCCACAAGAGCUUGAUGUAACCUCCAUGGUCCAGUGAGUGUAAUCGCUAAAUGGUUUGGAUUAACUUCUUAAAAACAUAGAAGUCAGCUUGCAGUCAAAAGAAAAAAAAACAAAAAAACAAUAGGACACGUAACAUUUGAUAUUAAUUGCAACCCAUUAAAACGUAAUUUUAAUCAAUUUGUGAUAUAAAACUAGAAGACUCAGGUCUGUAGCGAGCUGGUUUUAUUUGGAGCUGGUUCCAGGACGGGCUGCUCCAGGGUUUCCUUUAGCCUCGGGAGUUUUAAUCACACUCAGCGGCUUGUGGAGGGAGGAGCUGGCCUUCUGGGUCACCUCCUGCUCAAUCUUGUUCCUGAUGGCAA